CUCCAACCGGCGUUUUGUUCUGGAAGCUUCAUGCAGUAGGUUCCGUAGGGUGGCAUUCGAUCUGCGUCCAUCCUUCACCUAGUGAGCCUUCCCGGUACCGGCGUAGCAUCGCCAUCCAUCAGUUGGGUCAGCGCUAGCAAAACGGACCAAGAUGCCGGACAUCUCUGCUCCAAAAGUGGCCGUAGCCGCCCCCGGGGCUGCUGGUAACGGCGCAGGGAAGAGGAAGGGUGCUUACCAGGAUAAGGAUAAGCCGGCCCAGAUCCGCUUUAGCAAUAUCUCAGCCGGGAAGGCUGUUGCUGAUGCUGUUAGGACCAGUCUUGGACCAAAAGGCAUGGACAAAAUGAUUCAAGAUGGAAAAGGAGACGUAACCAUCACAAAUGAUGGAGCAACGAUCUUGAAACAAAUGCAGGUUCUUCACCCGGCAGCAAAGAUGUUGGUUGAGUUGUCUAAAGCCCAGGACAUUGAAGCUGGUGAUGGAACUACAUCUGUUGUCGUUAUUGCUGGAGCAUUGUUGGAAUCCUGUACCAAUCUCCUGCAGAAAGGGAUUCACCCCACUACCAUUUCAGAGUCAUUUCAGCUGGCAGUAGAGAAAGGAGUUGAAAUCUUGAGUAAUAUGGGAACCCCCGUAGAGUUAAGUGACAGAGAAACACUACUGAACAGUGCAUCGACUUCACUGAACUCAAAGGUUGUGUCUCAGUAUUCCAGCUUGCUUGCACCAAUGUGUGUUGAUGCAGUAAUGAAUGUGAUUGAUCCACUGACAGCAAAUAGCGUGGACCUCAGAGAUAUAAAAAUUGUCAAGAAACUUGGUGGAACCAUUGAUGAUUGUGAACUGGUCGAAGGCCUUGUGCUCACGCAGAAAACCGCAAAUACGGGUGUAACGCGGGUAGAAAAGGCAAAGAUCGGCCUGAUACAGUUUUGUUUGUCUGCUCCAAAAACAGAUAUGGACAACCAAAUUGUGGUAUCUGACUAUGCCCAAAUGGACAGAGUUUUGCGUGAGGAAAGAACAUAUAUCCUUAACCUUGUGAAGCAGAUUAAGAAGGCUGGUUGUAAUGUGCUGCUGAUUCAGAAGUCAAUUCUAAGGGAUGCACUUAGUGAUCUGGCCUUACAUUUCUUGAAUAAGAUGAAAAUAAUGGUGAUUAAAGAUAUUGAGAGAGAAGACAUUGAGUUCAUUUGUAAGACAAUUGGAACCAAGCCUGUUGCACACAUUGACCAAUUCACUCCUGAUAUGUUGGCAUCUGCUGAGAUGGCUGAGGAAGUUAGUCUGAACGGUUCUGGCAAAUUGGUAAAGAUAACGGGCUGUGCAAACCCAGGAAAAACGGUUUCAAUUGUCGUUCGUGGGUCCAACAAACUUGUGAUUGAAGAGGCAGAACGCUCCAUUCAUGAUGCCCUUUGUGUUAUCAGGUGUUUGGUAAAGAAAAGGGCUCUAAUUGCCGGAGGUGGCGCUCCUGAGAUUGAAUUAGCCCUGCGUUUGAAUGAAUAUGCCAGAACACUGAGUGGCAUGGAGUCCUACUGUAUCAGAGCCUUUGCAGAUGCCAUGGAAGUUAUUCCAUCCACACUGGCUGAGAACGCAGGUCUUAACCCAAUAUCAACCGUGACAGAACUGAGAAACAGACAUGCACAGGGCGAGAAAACCGCUGGAAUAAAUAUCCGAAAGGGAGGAAUUUCUAAUAUCUUGGAAGAACUCGUCGUUCAGCCGUUAUUGGUGUCCAUCAGCUCCCUUACUCUGGCUACGGAAACUGUGCGCAGUAUUCUGAAGAUCGAUGAUGUGGUAAACACAAGAUAAGCUUUACUGAUGCUGUCUGACCUGAUGAGCUGUGCCAUGGUGUGCAUCAAAGCUGGCCGUCAAUGUUUAUAUACCUGUUGGCACUUAAUUUAAUAAAAUUGUUACAUGA